UACGCUACCUCCACAAGCACAGACCAUCUCUCCCAGACCCGACAACUUACAUAAAUCAAGCAGACGCCUCCCCGGCCGCCAUCCAGGUGAUCGACACUCCACAUUCUCCAUUCCAGUCACUAUCCUCUAUCAAUCCCAUCCGUACGAACCUGCAAGAUCCAUUCAUUGAACUCUUGAUCCAUCAAAAUAUCCCAUCGUCUUUUUGGUCCAUUUGUUCAAUAUCCAAGGGAUUCUUAAAGAUAUUGACGAGAAGGAUUGAUUUCGAAAUAAUCAUUUCUUCCUUGUUUACUUGAUCAUUUAUUUACCUACCUUACACCUACCUACCUUACGAUUUUAUCUGAUCUCUAUCACAAUCACAAUCACAAUCACAAGCAAAGAAAAGGUUCGACAGAAGGAAAUAUCCCCACUCCCCAUUUUGGCUUCUAUCGUUCCCUCGUUCCCUCACCUCGGUUGUGCAUCUACCCGCAUCUCCAUCUCAAUCCGAAGCAUUUUCCACGCGGCAACCACACAGAAUCUUUGAAUUUUUUAAAAGCAGUAAAAAAAAAGAAAAGAUUCCCAUCAUUUGAUUUCUCCAUUGGGCACUCUCUCAAUAAUCUCUCUAGAUUAUUAUGGAGACCGCCAGCUUCACAGCUCGCCGGCCAGCUGCAUCCAACCUCCCCAGCUUUCAGCUUCCCCCUCCAGAACCCCUUGGAAUGCACCACCACAAAUAUCAACAAACCAACAACUACAUUCACGGAACUACACACAGCUCUUCCCAACCUGUUCCCGCUGUCGCCAACAACAUAUUAACACCUCCGGCUGGAGUUUCGCAUGACGGCUUAAGUCCUCUCGCAUCCAGUGUCAACAGUGGUAGUUCUGGUAGUUCAGCCGCCGGUGUACCUCCUUAUCAACCCUCGGCUUUUUGGUCAAAUCCCCAGUCGGGAAACAAUUUCACGUUUAGUUCUGCGCCGCCAAUGACUUCCCCUUAUGCUCAACAACAACAACAAGGUUACAUCAAUAGACCACUAUAUUCACCCUCCAUGAGUAACUAUCCAGGGUCACGAAAUCCCAAUUCUCCCACCUCAUCAGAAGGCCUCCCACCACCUUCAUAUGAAAGUCUUCCUCCCUUCACUACCAAUAUCCCAAUGUCCGGCUCAGGUGGACAACAACAAAAUCUUCCCACACUCGCACCGCAGAAUUCUCAGCAGCAACAAAUGAAUAACCAGAACCUUAUGAACCUUCAUCAAUCUUCCUCUCAAGCACCUCAACAAGGUAGCGCACAAGCUCCUGAGAAUUAUGGCGGACGAGCACCCCAACUCAAGUUACUACCCCCAAUCUUCUACCCCUCAACAAUCGUCUUUCCCAGCCUAUGCCCAACAAUCACCUACACAGCAAUCACCAAAUACCUCCUCGGCUCCAUCAAAUCGCAUCUCGCCCAUCCAAACUCACCACUCACAUUCUUCCAUGGGUGCACCCCACCAGGGCUAUUCUUCCCGUCCUUCCUUCCCACAUUACAAUCUUCCUACCUUAACCGCGCCCAUCAUGUCCAAUGUCCACCAACCCGGUAGUCAAAUGGCUCUUCUCGGUGGAAUGGGCAAUAUGGCUUAUCCUCAACAAAUGCCAGGACCAAUGUAUGGCGGACAUCAUCCACAACAAAUGACCCAAACCGAUAAGCAAUUCAAGUGCGAUCAGUGUGCACAAUCUUUCAGCCGCAACCAUGAUUUGAAACGCCAUAAACGUAUUCAUCUAGCCGUGAAGCCAUUUCCUUGUGGUCAUUGCGAAAAAAGUUUCUCAAGAAAAGAUGCAUUAAAGGUUCGUAUCCCACCUUAUUACCGUAUGUCUUGUGUCUUUAACUAACCUCAAACUCAGAGACAUAUACUCGUCAAAGGCUGUGGAACAAAACCUACACACGGCACCACGAAUCCUAAUGGAGAUUCUCAAUCUCCCGUUGAUAAAUCAGAGGUCUUAAGUGAUUCUACCAAUGAUGAUAGUCCCGAGAUGGUAAAGAAAGAAUUGUCAUAGCGGCAGUCCACCUACAUCUGUUGACGAAUUUCUUUUCUUUUCUUUUCAUUCGUUGAAGAUCAAAGUUCAAAGGGAUAGCAAGCACAAAAUACAAAUACAAAAUGAUCUAUGAACUUGGAUAGGCUGGGGAUUUUCAUUCGGGACCUUGACUAAAGGAUACGGGCGUACGGAAUAUGUCUAUCUGGAUGUGUUGGAAUGGGAUUUGGGUGGGAUAAUGGCUUACACUGUAUGGAUGGGUGGACAUCUUCUUGUGGAUGAGACAGCACAAAACUCAAGAAAGAUGAGAUGGGGUCUGUGGCGUUGGUAUGUGGUCAAUUCGACAGAUAUUUCUGUCUCUUUUCUUUUUAUUUAAAGGAAAAAAAGAAAUCAAAACUUUCAAUACGGGAAGGAUGUGGAAUAUAGUAUCGUACCGGAGCGGGAUUAUUUUGGAGUUGAGGGGUUGGUUUGUAUAUCGAUCGAUUUGUCUUUAAAGACAUUUCGAUUUGGCCCGGGCUGGAAAUGAAUGGGUAUGGUAUCCGUCUCGGAUGGAUAGGGAUGGAUAUAUCUUGAAUGUGAUUGGGAACUGGGAAUUGGCUGGAGCUUUGGCGUGGGAAUAACGGAUCUGAUUCGGUGAAUACUUAUUGUUUGGAAAUGUAUUCAUUUGCUUGAAUGUUUAUUUUCUGUACGUCUUUUUGAGUAUGUAUGGAUGGAUGGAUGGAGUGGUGGAGUAGUGGAUGGAUGAAGUGAAAUAACUACAUUUUUUUUAUUUUUGUCUCCGCUUUUCGAGUCUUUUUACCUCACAUCGCAAUGUUUGAUUGUAUGUUGGAAAGGGGCGAUUGAUUACUUGCUUACUUGAUUCCCGGAGCUUGUGCGUAUCGCAUCUUGCUUGCUUGCUUGGGUGCCUGUUUGGGUGCGCAUAUCUAUCUAUCUAUCUAUCUAUCUAUCUAUCUA